UUUAACCUAAUGUAACCCAGAAGUUGUCUCCGAACCUGCGGCGCCGAGUCUCCUCAGCUCCGUCUAUGUGCUGGAACAGCCGCAGCCCGUGGGUGGAAAACAGCCCAGGUUUAAAGCGGCCGUGGCUCCAGAACCACUGAAUUAUCCCGGAUUCAGUGAUAAAACGUGAUGUUUCAUGUUGGGAACCUUUUCCAGCGGCGGGUUUGGCUGGAGGGAACCGAAAUGAGAGCGGAGUCAGGGGAACAGAUUGGGUCUCUGAGUUGGCGCCAGGACGUAGACGGAUCCUGCCGUCGUGGAAAAAAGUUUGCUUUUAUCAGCCCUGGGCAGGAUCGACUGGAGGAUUUUAAUCGAACUUCAUGAAGUUUGUUUACCACUAAUUAGCCGCAUUCCUGCCUGUUAGCUCCGCGGCUAACUCCGCUGGGAAAACUUGAGGAAAAUCAGGAUUUUCCAGCGUAAUGUUAUGGUUUGUGCUGGUUCUGGUGGGAGUCCGGCUCAGUCCGGGUGUUUGUGGGUCGGUUCUGGUGGUUUUGGGUCUGUUCAGCUCACCUGGCGGCCCUUCGUUUUCAGCCGCUGGUUUAGUAUCAGUGUUAUUACUGUGUUAUUAAUAAUAAACCGUUUUAUUAAUAAAACGGUUUAUAACCCAAACCAAACGGGUUAUAACCCAAACCAAACGGGUUAUAACCCAAACCAAACGGGUUAUAACCCAACACGCAGAAAUCUGACCUUCUCAGUGCAGAUCAGGUGUUUUGAACUCCUAUAUUUUUCCGGGCCAUUUUCCUGAAAGUGGAUCUGAUUGUUGGACUAAACCCAAAAUGUUCUGUCGGUUCUGUUCGGGUUCUGCUGAGAUCACCUGUCUGGACCUGCUGCAGGUCGUUUCCACAUGUAAAAUUAUCACAUUUUGGUUUAAUUUCUGUGAAAAGGCUCUGAAACUGGACCCGGUUCCAGAACCACUCUGGUUCUGGUUCUGAGUUCCAGAAGUUGAAUUCAUGUUGGCAUGAAUUGGGUCAGAACCAGGUGGUUCCUGUUGGGUAAUGACCCAGAGGUUCUGGUUCAUCAGAACCAACCAGCCCACAUCACCACUCCUCCUCCUAACGAUCGGAGCAGGAAGCUCAGCUCGGGUUCAGUUGGAGCUUCCUGGUUCUGGUUCCGUGUCCAGAGAAACCGGGCUGUGAUUGGCUGGAGGAGCAGAUGGUUGUCCAAUGGAUGGGAGCGCUGGACGUUCCUGGAGGUUCCUGGAGAUUCCAGGAUGUUCCUGGAGAAUCCUGGAGGUUCCUGGAGAAUCCUGGAGGUUCUUGGAGAUUCCAGGAAGUUCCUGGACGUUCCUGGAGAAUCCUGGACGUUCCUGGAGAUUCCAGGAUGUUCAUGGACGUUCCUGGAGAAUCCUGGCGGUUCUUGGAGAUUCCUGGAUGUUCCAGGAGAAUCCUGGAUGUUCCUGGAGAAUCCUGGAGGUUCCUGGACGUUCCUGGAGAUUCCAGGAUGUUCCUGGAGAAUCCUGGACAUUCCUGGAAUCUCCUGGACGUUCCUGGAAUCUCCAGGACGUUCCUGUGGGGCAGAUCUAUCCUCUCUGCUCUGGUUUGGUUUUCCCAGUUUUCCUGGGUUUUCCUCUCCUUUUGGAGUGUUCUCCCAGAUUUUCUGUCUCCUAGAGUAUUUUCCCAGUUUUCCCAGUUUUCCUCUCCUGGCUCAGUUUUCCCAGUUUUCCCCUCCUCCCCCUCUCAGCCUCCCGCUGCAGAGCCGGGAUCGGGUUUCUCAGGCGGCUGAGAGGCGGCGGAGGAGGAGGAGGAGAUCAGGUUUCUUCCUCCUCCUCCUCUUCCUCCCCCAUCGUCCUGGAGACAGAGUGGCUGAGCCGAGGAGGAAAACAUGCAAUCCGGCCCGCUCCUCUUCCUCCUCCUCCUCUUCCUCAGCGCCGCAGCUCAGCAGAUAAAUAAAGGCAGUAAUGGCAGCCGGAGCACACAGGAGCCAUUCUUCUUCUUCUUCUUCUUCUUCUUCUUCUUCUGCUUCUUCUUCUUCCUCCUGUUGCUGCAGCUCCAGCUGAGAUUCUUUUUCCACUGAACUGAUUCAUUUUACCUGAAUCACUUCCAUUAGACUGGAUCUCUGGAGGAGAAUCACUGAAUCAGUUUGAUUCAUCUCUGUUUAAUUGAUUCACUUUCAGCUGAAUGAAACUAAUUUACUUUGACUGAGCCACUUAUUGACUCACGUUAACUGAAUCUGUUUCACUGAAUCACUUUGAAACGAAUCACUGAUUCACAUUUAUUUGAAUCACUUCCAACUGAAUCAGUUUCAUGUGAUUUGAACUGAUUCACUACAGCUGAACCAGUUCCUCUGAACCAGUUCAGUUGCUCCAGUUCUUUUCUCUCUGAUGAAGUGAAUCAUUUUUCUUAUUUUCUGAACGUUUCGUUGGACUGAAACCCAAACGGUUCUGCUCUGAGACUUUUUGGGUUUCUGAUCAGAACCGGUUCAGAUGAGUAUUGGUACCAGGUUUCAGUCCGACCUGCUGCUGCAGAGGGUUUAUUGGGUCGGGUUGGUUCUGGGACAGACCGGUUCUGAUCUUCACUAAAAGAUCUGAACAGACUGGGCUGAGGUUCUGGUUCUCCUUCCUGUUGGGUUCUGGUUCUGGAAGGCUCCUCCCUCCCUGCCUGGUACCGUCUGAAGGUCGGUCCGGCCUCCAGGUUCUGUCUCGGGUCUCCUGUGAUUCUAUCCGUCUGCUGCAAACAACCGGGCCCGGCGGUUCUGACCCGCUCAGAUAGCCUCAGCUCCUGCAGGCUGCAGAGCCGGGUCCAAACCUGCCCCCAGCUCAGCGCUGGGUUUUCCUGGAGGCUGUGAACGCACCACGGCCUUUUGGUGCUGCAUUCAGGAACCGGAUUAACGACCCGGAAAAAUCAGAGAUUAAAAUCAUAUUUUCUCCUGAAAGAGCUGAAAUAUGA